CCUAUAUAGAGACAUCUAACACAGCCCCAAACUUCUUUCACUGUUUUCAUUUCUAGACCUUUAUCCAUUACUGGUAUCGCUUUUGGAUGCCAGAUAAAAUUCUUGGCUUCACCUUUACCUACUACUUCCCAAGGCAUAAAAGGAUUUUCUUAACUUUCCUUCAAAGCUCACAAACCCAAAAGCAAUGGGAACAACAAAGAGAGGAAGAAAGAACAAACAACAACCUAGCAAAAGCAUCCAAGUCUUUACACAAGAAUGAAGACAGUUUUCUUGAGGGGACAUUUGAGAUUCAAUCCCCACUUUUGACCGUUUCUUUUCCACUUGAUUCUCUCGAGAAAAUCUUUCUAUCUCAACCAGACCAAUCAAAAACCAAAACAACCCAUGUCCAUAUUUAUAACAUUAAACAAAAACAGUUGGGUUCUUAACCUUGUCCUGCAGUGCUGGCACAUAAAUCUAAGGGAACAGCUUUUUUGGGUUAACUCGAAUACCUUGACUUGUGACCUCUUACCAACUUCUCUUUUACAGGCCAUUGGCUUCUACCAGUUCUAGAACAUUGGAAAACAUCAUCCAACAUUCUAACAGUUUUUCAGGCUUGGAAGUUGAAGCCAUACCCUUUGUUUUUCCUCUCCUGGUUCUAAGUUUUCCAGAGGUUUCUGAUGAUUGGAGUUGGACUCUCUGGCAUGACUCUAAUGAAUCAAGACAGGACAAACCAGCAGACUUCAUCUUUGAUCGGUAAAAUAUUUAGUGUGAAGGGGAGAAAUCAAAGUAAAGAGACUGAAGUUUCAAUUAGUUCUUCUGAAGGACAAUAUGAUUUGCCACUUGAACCUCUGCUUUAUAGAGGUGUAAGCACAAAAGUGCCUAGUGAGAAUCUAUCCUUCCGUGUUUUCGUUGCGACAUGGAAUGUAGGAGGCAAAUCUCCUGAUAGAAAACUCGAUCUGGAUGAUAUUCUUCAGGUCCGUGAAGAAUCGGACAUAUAUGUUUUAGGUUUUCAGGAAGUUGUUCCAUUGAAUGCUGGAAAUGUGCUAGUUAUAGAAGAUAAUGAGCCUGCAGCGAAAUGGCUUGCCUUGAUUAAUCAGUCACUGAACAAAGCACAUAAUGUGCCAUUAAGAGGACCAAGAUCCAUUGCAUCUUCUGGGGGCUCACUGGUUUUCCAGAAAACUUCACUUAGAAAGGUCAGUAAGGCUUUCAGAACCGAGAGUAAGAGGAGGCUAAAGAGUUGCAACUGCCCUACUGACUUGGAAAGGAAGAAUGGCAAGGAAUUCUGUUUCCGGUGCCCACAAUCACAAACAAAUGAAAAUGAAUUUUCUUCAGAAGAGGAUGAAGAUGGAUCUAGCAACUUUGAUACAAACCAGAUUAAGUAUGGCCUUGUGGCAUGUAAGCAAAUGGUUGGAAUUUUCCUCACUGUGUGGAUGAGGAAAGAGCUUGUGCAACAUGUAAGCCACCUGAGAAUCUCUUGCGUAGGUCGUGGAAUCCUUGGUUGCCUUGGAAACAAAGGGUGUAUUUCUGUAAGCAUGAUUUUCCACAAGACAAGCUUCUGUUUCUUGUGCUGUCAUUUGGCAUCAGGAGAGAAAGAAGGAGAUGAACUUAGGAGAAAUGUGGAUGUAGUGGAGAUACUUAGAAACACACAGUUUCCAGGGAUCUGCAGAACAUCUGGUAGUCGGGUGCCUGAGAAAAUUCUGGAUCAUGAUCGGGUCAUAUGGCUAGGAGAUUUGAAUUACAGGAUAGCUUUGAGUUACUCUGAUACUGGAAAGCUGCUGAAAGAGGAAGCCUGGGAUGCACUAUAUGACAAAGAUCAGCUUAAGAUCGAAAGGGAAGCAGGGAGAGUGUUUAAGGGAUGGAAAGAAGGCAAAAUCUACUUUGCACCAACAUACAAAUACUCUGAUAACUCAGACAGUUAUGCUGGAGAGACAGUAGAAACAAAAAGCAAAAGGAGAACUCCAGCUUGGUGUGACAGAAUCCUAUGGCGUGGAAGCAAAAUAUAUCAGCUCUCUUACGAGCGAAAGGAGUCCCGGUUCUCUGAUCACAGGCCAGUAUGUGCAACAUUUUGGGUGAGUGUUGAGGCAACAGAGGAUGGAUCAAGGAAAAGAUGACCUUUGCUUCAUAACAACAAAUAAUUGCAGUAAAAUAACAAGCUUUAUGAGCAUACAUUGGCAAUGAUUUUUUUGUUACAUAGAAUGCUAACUCUUUGGGGAACUUGAUGCCUGGAGUAGGAAUAGCAAAUGUAACCCCUUAUUUGGAUAAAGGAAAAAGAGAAAUCAAAAUCAAAAUAAACUAAUAUCUUGGGCUUGUUUAUGUAA